AGCAGGACCAGGAGGAUGAGCAGCGUUCACUAGUACCUGUGGGACCGAGAGGAUGCACAGGACAUCCCGAGGGAAAGAAGAGCUGGAGAACGUCUGGACAAUGUCUCGUGCCACAGAAAUCCAGGACUUUGCGUCGGAUGAAACGAGCAGCAGUGAUUCAGAAUCGGAUGAAGACCCCUAUGAGUCAGAAAAUGUUGAUGCCUAUGAUCUUCACUCAGACAAUUCACCUUUAUACUGCUACACCCAGAAGACCAACCAGAUUGUGUAUGAAUACCACUCUGGAAGGAAGGUGGCACGCCUUCGAGAGCCAAGAGAUCUCUACGGUGUAUCCUCAAACAGCUUCUUCCAACUACCACGGUGGCCAUAUGAGUGCCAGGUUCUCAAGGAAAAAAUUGAGCACAUAGAGUGGGAUCCUCCUGUUCCUGAACCGAUGUACAAGUCUUCAGGUUUAGAGCAGGAGCCCACAUGUGCUAACCCUACAGAAAGCAAGGUUAUCUACCAACUCAAUGAAGGUCUGAAGGAAUCUUACUUCAUGUGUUCUCGUGUUGGUGGCAACCGCAGCCCCCUCAAGCCUGUAUCCCCGAAUGGCUGUGAAGAAUCUGAUAACACGCUGGUGUUUGAGUCUCGAUUUGAGAGCGGGAACUUGCAGAAAGUGGUCAAGAUUGGUGACUACGACUACCAGUUGAUCCUUCGGACUGACCUUUACACUGACCGCCACACCCAGUGGUACUAUUUUCGAGUGAAGAACACAAAGGCUGGUAUCCCUUACCGAUUUACCAUCAUUAACUUCAGGAAACCCACAAGUCUCUACAACCACGGUAUGCGUCCCCUCAUGUACUCCGAGACUGAUGCCAACACCCAACACAUUGGUUGGAAGAGGAUCGGGGAUGAGAUCAAGUAUUACAAAAACAGCUUUGGCAGAGAAGGACAAUCGUACUACUCCCUCUCUUGGACCUUCAGGUUCCCACACAGUGGAGACAUCUGUUACUUUGCCCACUGUUAUCCAUAUACAUACUCUAACCUCCAAGAUUACUUGGCCGAGAUAGCCAAUGAUCCAAAACGGUCCAGGUAUUGUAAGAUUCGGGUCCUGUGCCACUCCUUGGCUGGUAACAUUGUAUAUGUAUUGACUAUCACCAACCCCUCUCUGGCCACUGAGGAACCCAAGAAGAAGAAGGCCGUAAUACUGACAGCCAGGGUUCAUCCAGGUGAGACCAACAGCUCUUGGAUGAUGAAAGGUUUCUUGGACUACAUUUUAAGCUCAAGAAGUGAUGCCCAGCUCCUGAGAGACAACUUUGUCUUCAAGGUGGUGCCCAUGUUAAACCCAGAUGGGGUGAUUGUGGGAAACUAUCGCUGCUCUCUUGCCGGACGAGAUUUAAAUCGCAAUUAUAAGUCUAGACUGAAGGAUUCAUUCCCGUCUAUAUGGUUCACCCGUAACAUGAUAAAACGGGUGAUGGAAGAGCGGGAGAUAUUGCUUUAUUGUGACAUGCAUGGACACAGCAGGAAGCAAAAUGUCUUUAUGUACGGGUGUAAAGGCAGAGGUGGCCAGAAUGGCGGCCAAAGUUACUUGUGCGAGCGCAUCUUCCCGUUAAUGCUCAGCAAGAUCUCCCCCGACAAGUUUUCAUUUUCAGCCUGCAAGUUCCAAGUACAGAAGAGCAAGGAAGGAACGGGCCGCGUGGUCAUGUGGAAAAUGGGCAUUCAGAACAGCUAUACACUGGAGGCCACUUUCUGCGGGUCUUCACUGGGUAAACGACGUGGAACUCAUUUUAGCGCAAAGGAUCUGCAGUCGCUUGGUUACCAUUUCUGUGAUGCACUUUUAGAUUAUUGUGACCCAGACCAAACAAAGUAUUACUCUUGUCUGAGAGAAUUGGAGGAGAUGGUAAAACAGAGAGUGAACAGCAAUCGGCAACUCAGCUUGGACUCCGAAUCCACUCUGGAGAAUUUCUUAUCAGAUUUUGAUUCUAGCACUGGAGGAUCAGACAGCUCCGACUCGAAUGGUCCUCCUGCCCACCUGAUGGAGCUAGCUUGUAAGGUUAAACCACAGAGAAAGCUGCUAAAGUCAAAGAGAGAAAGAAAUUCCCAGAGGAAAACUCCAGGGAGGGUUCUAAUUCAGGAACCACAGGAGGAAGAUGAAAGCUCAGGAGAGAACGCGAGGGCGGUGAUUGUAGAGCGGCGGAUGAAUGCAGAGACUUCAGAAUUCAGCUCUGUCAGGAAGCUGCACAACCUUAACAAAGUGUCCAAAAAAAACAGGAUGACCAAGCAGCAGAGGACACCUCUCUUCCAAGACAUAAGUGCUACAAAGGUCUCCAUGAUCUACCUCGUGUUCAAUGCCAAAGGAGAAGUCAUUACAACUAAGUCCCACCCUUACACCAAGAACCAGGAUGUCAUGGACAUUACGAGCACCUUCAAUGGUAUUAACUGGAAGAGGCCACUCCCAUUAUUUAAAAAUCUGCUUUCACAGCGAUGCCCAUUCAACAGUAUUCUAGAGCCAUGCUGCUACUACAUCAGUCCAGAUACCAGCAACUCCUUCAGAACUAAUACUGCCAUCGACACAUGUGAGCAUGGGUCUGGUAAUAGAGCGCACAAUUCAGGUAACUUUGUGCAGCACAAGAGCAAGCCCAUGGAGGCAUGUUCUCCUGCGUCCCAAAACAGUGAUUACAGAGGGAGUGGCCAGAAAAGGGAGAAAAUAGACCAUCUGAGACAUGAGAGGGAAGAGAUUUUCCUGCCAGAUGUGGCUACCUGUAGACAAGCUCCUCUUAAUGGAACAGACAUUCUGUAUACCACCGCUGCCACCAAAGUCCAAAAAGUGCAGAACAUUUUGCCGAAAAUGAUGUCCCAUCCUCAUACAUCACACAAGUCAUCCACAAGAACCAGAACACUGCCCCCUACCAAGGUCAAAAUUAAAUCAACAGUUGAGUAUAAUAAAGGGACAGUACAGAAAAGGAAAUUGGGAAAGCUUACUGGCCCAUGCCCCCAGGAGGAUCAUGUUACUACUGACCAUGCCAACCUGGAAGCUGCUGCUAACCUCCCUGCUAACACCUGGAAGGACAUCCUUAUUGGACUACAAACGGGUGAAGGGGGAGGGUCUGUAGAAAGUAUUAUGCUACAUCAGGAUACUGACCAUCCUAUACCUGUACCACCUAAGGGGCAUAUGCUAAAAGAUAAGACCUCUAAUGGGUUUUCAAAAUUCACAAGGAAACCUGGACAGAGAGUCAGUCUGGUGCCUCUUCCAAAAACAGUCCCAUCCUCCGACUGAUGUAUCUUUUGAUCACGGCUCAAUUCACAGCCUUCUACUGUUGAGGACCCUUCAUUAGCUGAACUAUGUACAGUUUAAAGGGUUUGUGAUAAUUCCAAAAUUCACCAAUGCCUUCAAAUGCUGUAAAAAAUGAUUACAG